AUGAUGGGAUCCAUGAAAUUCCCUUAUAAACGGAAAAAUCACGACAUCUCCCCUAUGUUAGCAUAUAUGGAUUGCAUCAAUUUUAGUCCCCUUCCUGAUUGGAACAAAGAUACGGUGAUAAAUAUCACCUUAUAUUCCAUUCCUCAAUAUUCCCCUCAAGUCCAAACCCAAUUCUAUACUGGAUUUUACCGCCAAGACGCCAUCGAAGUUGGAUUCGUUGACUUCAACGUUCCAGCAAACCCCUUUACCUGACUCCGCGACGGCGGUGACGUUUGCUGAUUGGCUGCUGCCGUCACGGCGGCUGGCUCGCAUCCACUGUGUUGGAGCCACAUGGUUUUAGAAUACAUUACCCUUGGCGGCUACAAGUACGGUCUUCGUGACUCGUGAUAGGUGGUGAUGGCGGAAAUGUGCAGUGUGGAGAAGCGUGGGCGGGUGUACCUCCUCACCCUCGCCGGCACCGACGAGCACCGCCUCAACCCCGCCCUCCUCGACGCCAUCCGCUCCGCCCUCGCCGGCGUCCGCUCAGACGCCGCGGCGUCGGGCGGAUCCGCCGCCCUCGUCGUCGCCGCCGAGGGCAAGUUCUUCUCCAACGGCUUCGACCUCGCCUGGGCCAGGGUCUCCCCCUCCGACCGCGUCCCGCUGAUGGUCCCCGCUCUGCAACGCACCAUCGCCGACCUCCUCUCCCUCCCCAUGCCCACCAUCGCCGCCGUCACCGGCCACGCCGCCGCCGCCGGGUGCUUCCUCGUGCUGAGCCACGACUAUGUGGUCAUGCGGGCCGACCGGGGGUUCCUCUACAUGAGCGAGAUCGACAUCGGGUUGCCGAUCACGGAGAACAUCAUGGCCGUGAUGAGGGCCAAGAUCGCCGACCCGAGGACGCGCCGGGACUUGCUGCUGCGGGGGAAGAGGAUGACGGCGGCGGAAGCGGCGGCGAGGGGGAUCGUCGAUCGGGCGGUGGAAGGGGCUGCGGAGACGGUGGAGGCGGCGGUGGCGAUGGGGGAGGAACUGGCGGCCAGGAAUUGGGACGGCGAGGUGUACGCCUCGAUAAGGAAGGGGGUGUUUCGUGAGGCAUGCAGAGGGAUCGGGGUAGCUGUGGAGGAAGAGGAGGCGGAGAUGAAGAAGGCAGCCUCCAAGCUCUGAAUCCGUUGACCGGGUAAGCGACUGUGUUAUAAGCAUGGAAUAAUGAAUGAUUGAGCUGUUGAUCUGAUAUGGUCAAAUGCAACUGUGAUGACCGGGAAGGAACCUAUUUACGUUUUGCUUCCCAAAUCUCUGCGCUGUUUGCUGCAUAAUAUUUGCCUUUUCCUGGCCCU